GCGUGAACGACAACGCAGAUUCCUCGACACCUCUUCCUCCGCCAACACCGCCAAGAUGGGUCGUCUUCACAGCAACGGAAAGGGUAUCUCUUCGAGUGCCAUCCCAUAUUCGCGCGCUCCACCAGCAUGGCUCAAGACCACCCCGGAUGCCGUCGUUGAUCAGAUCUGCAAGCUCGCGAAGAAGGGCGCCACUCCAUCGCAGAUUGGUGUCGUUCUCCGUGACAGCCACGGUGUUGCCCAGGUCAAGAUUGUCACCGGUAACAAGAUCCUCCGUAUCCUCAAGUCCAACGGCCUCGCCCCGGAAAUCCCAGAGGACCUUUACAUGCUCAUCAAGAAGGCCGUCGCUGUCCGCAAGCACCUCGAGCGCAACCGCAAGGACAAGGACAGCAAGUUCCGCCUGAUUCUGAUCGAAUCCCGUAUCCACCGUCUCUCCCGCUACUACAAGACCGUCGGUGCCCUCCCACCAACCUGGAGAUACGAGAGCGCCACCGCCAGCACCCUCGUCGCAUAAGCGCAUUUUUGCUCGUGGGGUUUGGAGAAAAGCAUCUGGGAAGGCAAGGCAUGGCGUCAAGGAAGAUAUUCACUGCACGCGAAAUAUUCGUGCUGCUACGAUGGAGGAGCAUACCUGCAUGAUGUUCAGGUAGAGU